AAUAAGUCUGCAUCGGGAGCCGGACGCAAUCGGAGCCAAGGGAGCGGCUGCUGUAUAAUUCUAUGAUCUGGCCCAAGCCGCCCCUUCGCCCUUUCUUUGGGCCCGCUUCUUUGUUUUAUGGUCGGCUUUACAGGCCAGAUGGCGCAUCGGCGUAGUUUCUCCUUCAUGAGGUCGUUGCUCUCUUGCGGGUUGGGGAUUUUUUCUUUUCUUUUUAUUCGUAUUCUCUUUUUUCUCUGGUCAUUUCUUUUCUUUUGCCCCCUCCACACAUUGCAAAGCAUCCGGGCGCCCAUCCCGGCGGCCCCUUGUCACUCUUUCUCUUUUCUCUUUUCCUACCUUGGGGGAUAUUGUUGGACUACAUGGAUUUACAUGGAUUGGCUGGCAUCGAAGGUCAAUGCUGAAGGAGAAACUGGGAGCAGACCUCUCGAAAACAACCUAGGUAUUCCUGACUGCUAUCAGGUAUGCCCAACGACUAGGUUCAUUGGUUCAUUUCCCAGCGGACAUUUUGCGUCCGUUUCCGCCGUGCAGGGGUUUCAAGUUUGGGUUAUUUUACAUCACUCCGAAGCUGCCGAAGCUGCCGAAGCUGCCGCGGAUGGAAUACCUUUCGGGGGUUGGGCUUGGGACGAGAGGCACAGAGGGACAUACGGAUGGGCUCGGGGGCGGCGUUAUCUUUUAUUUCUCAUUGCUACGCUCGGGUCUGCUGAUCCGUCAUUUACGAUUUGUAUUGUUCCCCUCACUGCUGCUGUUUCUUUCUUCUUGGUACGAUGCACAGUAGGCUCCCUUUAUAUCGUGCAUAGGUUCUAGUAGGUUCUAGUCGUCUUGAGCCCAGUAUCAAUGCCUGUGGAUAAAGAGCAUAACCGGUUAAGCCAUGAGUAUUUCGAGUUUAGCAACAAGCAGGCAAAGUCCGUGGCUAGGCGGCUAAUGGACGGUCAGCGUUGGCCGAUUGUGGUUUCUUAUGGUCUCAUGUG